AUGUUUAGUUUAGAACAGUUACCGAAUGAAUUAUUACACUAUAUUUUAUCUUAUCUUGAUUCUGAUGAUAUUAUUUACAGUUUCUUAAAUCUAAAUAUAAGAUUUUAUACUUUGUGUCUUCCGUAUAUCGAACGGUUAAAUUUGUCGACGACUCAUAAUGAACAACGAUGGAAUACACAGAAUUAUCAAUUAAUUCCAUCAUUAAUUAAAAGAUUAAAAUUGAACGAUACACAACUUGAUUCGAUCUUUGACUCUCCUAUUGAUGUCCCGACAUAUUUCACGCAACUACAAACAAUAAAAUUAAGGAUUCUCUUACAGAACGAGCAUUACAAACAAUAUUUACCUAUAUUUAAAAAAAGCUUAUCUUCAUUAGUAUUGGAAUACCAAAAUGCUACAUUAUUUUCUAAAAUUGAUCACGAAAUUCUAACAGAAUUUAUCAUCGAUGAUUCCUCGACAGUGCUUAGUAGCUUGACCAUUGAUGGUAUAUGUUUGUCAAUUGAUAGUGGAAUUUUUCAAAUAUGUCGCACAUUGAAACGUUUAACAUUAUCUGUUGAAUAUCAACAUCAUUUAUUUAUUUUAUUAGAAUAUCUACCCGAAUUAGAAUACUUGAGUAUCGGCAUCAGAGAAGGUAAAGCAGGUAAAUACGAUUACAAUUAUUCGAAGACAAAAACCCUGCAAUUAAAAUUACGACAACUUAUUAUAUCUGCCAAUGAUAUUGAUUUCAAUGACUUGAAUCUUCUUCUUCGACAAUGUCAAUCGACAUUAGAAAUAUUAAAAUUGCGUUUGAAAAUUGAUUAUAUCAUUGAUGGACGAAUGUUAGAACCAUUGAAACGAUCAUUGAAACAAUUUUAUUUUUAUUUUUUCUGUCAUUCACUUGCUGAUCCGUCUGUUAAUGUAGAUGAUUUGUUGUCAUCAUUUCAAACAUCCUCCUGGUUACAAGAUCAGUCUGUAAUGUUUUUUACAAAUGAAUUUUAUCAAACCUAUACAAUCGUUUCACCACCAAAUAACUGUCACAAUUUUAACUGUUCAUUAACAAAUGAAUUUUUAAAUUAUCGAUUAAAUAAUCGACAUGAAGACAUGAAAAUGCCACGAAUCAAACGAAUAUUUCUAAAUGAUAAACAACAACCUAUGUAUACUAUUCGAUUUUUUACAAUGUUGCAGUUUAUCUUUAUCAAUCUUCAAAUAUUAGAAAUUGGCUCUAGUUUUCAUCUCAUGGAAAAUGAUGAUAAUAAUAAUUAUUCUUGUAAAACAGAUACAAAAUUGGCUUCUGUUCAUACUUUGAUUAUAGUGAAUAAUCAAGAUCAUCUUAAUGUUAAACGUUUAUUUCGAUUGUUGCCGAAUCUAUAUCGUCUUGUUAUUGACUAUGAUCUUUUAAUUGUUGUUGAAUUAAAUAAUAAUAAUCAUUCGAUAAUUGAUACAUUAAAAAAUAUUUAUAGUUUAACAUUAAUUGAUCCAUCAAUUGUUAAUAAUGAAUUUUUUCAUUUAAUACGAAAUUAUUUAACUAAUAUAUUAAAUAAAUGGUCUAGUGAUAUUAUUUUAAUUGAUAAAGAUGAAUAUUUAUUUCAAGAAAUUGUUGAAUUCUUUUGCAAAAUGAUACAACAUAUAAAAACCACGAAUCAAGUUUUAACAUCAACAUUUCAAACAUGGUUUUUAAAUGAAUUAUUGUUUAAAGCAAUAGCUUCACUAUUAGAAGAUAUAUCCAUAAAUUCUUCUAAAUAUUCAACUCAAAAUCAAAAUAUGGAAAGUUUAAGUACUCUCAUUCAAUCAAUUCGAUUUUUUCAAAGUGG